AUGGUUCCCCGACAUAACUGGAUUAGCCGCUUGAGGUGGCUGCCAAACAAGCGCUGGCUAUCUGGAUCGUUAAAGUACCAAGCAGCUGUAGAGAAGAAAGCAGAAAUCUUAAGAAUGCCCCAGUAUGGCUCAUUCAAAGUUCAUCCCCCGCCCAUCCCUAGGUAUGGUUCAUUCAAAGUUCAUCCCCCGCCCAUCCCUAGGUAUGGUUCAUUCAAAGUUCAUCCCCCGCCCAUCCCUAGUAAAGACCUUCAACUUGUACACAGACACUCAGACUACUCGAGCUGCUGCCGGGAACCAGUCAACCACAAGUGCUGGGGGUCUGCUCACCAUACAUCCUCUGAAUAUCGACGAGUUAAUUUUAUUCCUGUGAUUACUACACGAGCAACAGGUCAGAUUGUUAUUAUCAUCACCACUUCACUGUUGUCUGAGUUACGGAAGAAGAGGAGCGGUAGCGAGGCCCCAGUCAUGUACCGGCGGCUGGUGACCGGUCGCAAGAUGUUGCUUGGGUUGACGGCAGCGACGAUGGUCAUGUAUUCAGCUUGGCCAGGAGUCAGUCUUUACCUCGUGGAAAGAAGUUACGAGUCACUGAGGAAUAAAACUUCUAACAAGAUACUGCUUUCAAAAGAGAAACAAGACCUCUGGAUAGAUCAAGGAAGUGAACUGAAUGAAUCAAGUAUAGACCAUCUCGACGAGGUUCACAAGGCCGAAUCAGUUCGCCCAUACCCUGAAGAAGACGCUACAGAGGAGCUGUCUGGCCUGAUUUAUGAUGACGAUUAUACUGAAAAAUACCUCGAUAAAAAGAAAACAUCAGAAAAAAGUACCAACAUCAGUCAGCUAAAUCAAAACACAGAAAUCAAUCAAAUUAUUCAGGAGAAUAAGGUCACCCAUCUGUCAGGAGAGUCUCUGACCAUUAAGCCCGAUCAGGAGACUACACCGAGGGACCAACAUGAUGCUGACGAGAAUGUGGUUAAGGAGAGAGAGGGAGAAGACACUAACGAUCCACAUUCCUUCAAGACACACACCAGCCGGAAGAGAAGACGCAUGACUGAUGGCGGUGCACGGAGAAGACGCAUGACUGAUGGCGGUGCACGGUUAUCCAAGAAGAUGCAAAAUUUACGUAUCUCUCGAGGUAAACAGCAGAGAGAGACGAAAGAAAGGAAGAAGAGCAGCAAAAAGCAACACAAAACAAAAGAUAAUACAAAAUAUUUCAAUAUGGAAGAGGAAGAUGAUUAUGACGAAGAGGUACACGUCUUCCCUCAACCCGUCCUAUUGACGAGCUCCUGGAGAAGCGGCUCCACUUUCCUCGGGGAGAUGCUGGCGUUACCUAUCAAGAACACGUUUUACAGCUACGAGCCGCUACACAGAUGGCAACAGACAAUAGUCAACGUCGAUGAUGAUGAUGAUGAUGAUGAUGACGAUGAUGACGACGAUGACAAAAUUAAUGAUAUCAAUGAUUAUGACACCCAAAAGCAGAUAAAAACGUACUUAUUUGAUCUCCUACGUUGUCACUUCUAUCCUUACCCACACCAAGUAAAAAACAUGUAUCAACAGGAAUUCUACAGGAAUGCGAAUGUCCACCUAAUGAAGACUUGCACACCCGUCCGCAAGUGCAUAGAUCCCAGCUUCGUGAGCAAAGUCUGUAGAACCUCCGCUCAACAUGUAAUCAAGGUGGUACGUCUUCGUCUGCUGACCGUGAUGGAGCUCAUGGAGAAGGAGAGAGAGUUGAAGGUGGUCCAUCUGGUAAGGGACCCCCGAGGAGUCAUGAACUCCCGUAGGACAGGUAGGGUACGGAGUUGGUGUGUGGGCGAGUGUAGUAACUUAGUGGCCGUCUGUAGCAACCUUCUGCAAGACCUCUUACUCGUCCCCGUCCUUCGUCGCCAGUACCCGGACAGGUACAUGUUUGUACGGUACGAGGACCUCACCCUCAACACCUCCAAGACCAUGAUGGAUCUCUGGAAGUUCUUGGACUUCGAGAUUACUCCUCGUAUGGUUCAGAUCUUGAGUAAAACAAAAACUGCAGACAUCAAGGGGUCCACCACCUCGCGUAACACCCAGAAGCAGGCCUUCAGUUGGAGGGAACACAUGAGCUUCCGCUACCUGCAGAAGGUGCAGAGGGAGUGUCUGCCAGUCUUCAAGAUCCUGGGUCUGAGGGUGUUUUGGUCCCUUCAGGAAUACAAGAAUCUCUCCGUGCCGGUGCUGCUCCCGUCAGUACCUCCUCUUUUGCACUAAUGCUGGAAAAUUGGGUCUCCGAACAUUCGGUCCCUCGGGAAAUAAUGAGUAAAUAAUGUGCACUGUGAAAGUUGGUCCCGGAGAGUAAUCCCUGGAAAAUUUGUGAUAUAUGUUCAGGAGAGCGCUAACACCUGACGGGUUGAUUUGUUUGGUCAAGAUGCUUUUAUUGUGAUGGGAAAUUUAUAAUUUACACGACGACAAAGAUCGAAGAUAACUGUGAUGGUGAUUUUUUAUCGAUUCCAAUAAAGGAGCAAAAAGUAUAACAAAUAGAUAUAUAUUUAUUCUUCUCUGCUAGUUGGGUGUUGUCACCUGUGUGUGGGUCACUGGUCGAGCAGUUUGAGGGAUGGAGUGUCAUGUUACACGUGCACUCAAUUAACCGUAAGAGUAUAAGCUAACAAAUCUAACCUUUCAAAUUUAAAAACCUCCAAUACUAUAAAUGCAUUUGUAUAUUUAUCCAGUAUUAAAAAAAUAAACGUAACAUGCACAUUAAUAAAAUCGGUUAAAGACAGUCACUUUAUGUGUAAUGACCUUCAAAAACCCAUUUCACCGCUGCAUCAUAUUGCUGCACGGUGUUAUUAAUGCCUGAGUCGCUUCUCUACAAAAGUGCUUCUUUCUUUUGCCGGGCAAAUAAAUGAUUCCAGUGCAUUGUUAGUCCUUGGCAAAUUAAUGAUUCCAGUGCAUUGUUAGUCCUUGGCAAAUCAUUAAUAACUGUGAUGAACAUUCCACAAUGAAAGUGGAAACAAAGAUGUUCCACGACGCCUGCGUCUGACCCUAAGAGCACCGACGUAUGUCCGUUCAAAAUAGCUAAUGAAUUUUAUCGGCACCGGUUCAUCCUGUCCCUCAAAAGUAUCUACAUGUUUCUCGGGUAAAAGACAAGAACCCACAACAUUCUUCUUUUCAUAGAAAAAAUAAAUGUUCAUAUAGUAUUGAACCUUAAACCCAAGUUGGCAAAUUCUACAGGAGACAAGUUGACGUCAAUGAAGAAAGCCGCAAACUGUAGUGCAGUCUGCAAAUCUGCGACGUCAAAUGUUCUGAACAGUUCGUUCGAAAUCAAACAUUAUCUAGCUAGGGUUCAAAGCUGUUACCUCAGUUUUAAUAGGUAAAAGAAUGACAGCAUGAGGGAAGGACAUUAAUUCAUUCGUGCACAUACAGUACAGUAUGCUGCCGACCAACUGGAGAGGCUUUAAACAGUAACGGAUAAAAGAUUACUAAUCCUGGAAGUCAUACCGGUCUGUACCUGCUAUUUUAGUUCUGUAACAUGAACCCUCGCCUCAACGUCGGAUGAACUUGCUCCCGACGUAGACAAAAACUUGAUUCUGCGGUAUCCGGCACAGUGAGUGUACGGGCUUUACGAAGACGCCUUUUCACAGAGCCAGAAAUGUGGAGGACUCUGCACUAGCUUUAUCAAAGUCGUAAAUGUAAUUCAAUUCGUUAAUCUAUUUACGUUUUCAUCUCAGACUUUAAAAAAAAAAAAAAAAAAAACACCCUGUCAUUUUGGGUAAUUGUUUUUCUGCUUACUAGCCAAAGGUUGGAUGACUGUUGAGAACUGAUCCCCCUGUGGUUAAUAGACGAAGGUUGGAAACUGACUGCCUAGACCCCUUUAUAAACACCUGGCAACUGUUGGUGAAAACUACCAUGGGUUAUUUGAAGGUCCUUACAUAAGUAUUGUGGUUCACAUCCUUUGUAAACUUUUAUUAAUUGUAAUUUUUUUAUUUGCUUUUUUUUUGACAUGAAUUUUUGAAGUCUUUUGCACAGUUUACCUAACGUGUGUUUGUGCUUUAAUGUGCAUUUUACUCUUCUUCUAAAACAUACUAGAAUACCUAAACAAGUACAGUUAUUUUAUUCCUUUCAUAAUUUCGGUGGUUUUUUUUUUCCAACUAUAUUUUCUUGGGACCUAAUUUUCAGGAAACCAAAUAUUCGGGAACCAAUUUUGGGGGACCUGAUUUCCUAAAGCCCCAAGUCAACCCCUAACUCAACAGGAAUUAUGAUGCUCACUUUGUCACCCAUCUACAGCUGUACUAUAAUCAGUAAUCAACCCUUUGAGAUGGCAAAGGGAAUCUGAAUCCCUUUACAAACAGAUUUAAUGUCACAAAAUUCCUCACUUAAAGUAGUUGAGACAGAUACAGGCGAGCAUUACUCGGGAGGAAGGGCGUCAGUUAUCACCUAGUUGAGGUUUGUUUAGUCUGCUUCUGAAGGGGGUCAAGGUUGUAUGUGGACCUAUGACACGUACCCAGUAUAAAUAUUCACUAGUAUACAUACUUGAGUGAGCUAAGCAUGUAUACCUACAAUCCAUCGUUUUAAGUGCCUUACCUAAAAGUGCCUUACAUGAAGUGCUGAUAUGUAUAUCCUGUAGAGUAUUUUAAUUAUUGUGUUUUGUAAGGACGCCCAUAUAUUUUAUAUCUUGGAACCAAAAAAAAAAAUACAUCUUUUAGUUUUAUUGAAUGGUGAAAACAGUUUAGCUCUGAAUGUGUUUUUAUCUUAACUCCUUCAUGGUUUAUUGAUACUAUUCUUUGAGCAUUCAAAACACAAGUGAACUUCAUGUUUUAAAAGCUAAUGAUAUUAUGGUCGUUACUCAAGUGUUACAGAUAAUUUAUUGAGAAGUUUAUAAAGUUUGUUAUAUAUAAAUCGAAAUUGUU